GAAAAAGAAACAUAGAAAGUAACAAACCAAGUCCCUUGCCUGUCUAUUUUCCACCUACCAGUUCCGUUCCCCCAGCGACUCUCUACCUCUUGUCCGCUCUAAAAUUCGUGCUCUUCGCCGGCGAUCAUGGAGUCACCGGAAAACCCCAGAUCUCCACGUGUUGGUCUAGUAUACGACGAGAGGAUGUGCCGGCACGCGACGCCGGACGGCGAGCGACAUCCCGAGAAUCCGCAGCGGAUCAGAGCCAUUUGGAGGAAGCUCCAGGCCGAGAGGAUCCUUGAAAGAUGUGUGGUACUGAAUGCAAAUCAUGCUGAUGACAAACAUCUCGCUUAUGUUCAUACAAAAAGACAUAUUGAUUUAAUCAGGACUAUCAGCUCCGACGAAUUUGAUUCGCGUCGUCCGAAUAUUGCUUCCAAGUUCAAUUCAAUUUAUUUUAACAAAGGUUCAUCUGAAGCAGCUUACCUUGCUGCAGGUUCAGUUGUUGAGGCAUCUAUGAAGGUGGCAAGUAGAGAGUUGAGCUCUGCUAUGGCUGUUGUUAGGCCUCCAGGGCAUCAUGCGGAAACUAAUGAAGCUAUGGGAUUUUGCAUCUUUAACAAUAUCGCGAUUGCAGCAAAUGUUCUCCUAAAUGAGAGACCAGAAUUGGGUAUCCAAAAGAUUUUAAUUGUAGAUUGGGAUGUACAUCACGGCAAUGGCACGCAAAAAGCAUUUUAUAGUGACCCUCGGGUUUUGUUCUUCUCCAUACACAGGUUUGAUUUUGGAAGUUUCUAUCCAGCUGGUGGCGAUGGUUCUAUUUGUAUGAUUGGGGAAGAUCUAGGAAUGGGAUAUAAUAUAAAUGUUCCUUGGGAACAUGGAAAAUGUGGUGAUGCUGAUUACAUUGCUGUCUGGGAUCAUAUACUAAUUCCUGUGGCUGAAGCUUAUAAUCCGGACAUUAUUCUAAUUUCUGCUGGAUUUGAUGCAGCGAUUGGUGAUCCACUAGGUGGUUGUUGCAUUACGCCAUUUGGAUAUUCACUUAUGCUUAAAAAGCUAAUGAGGUUUGCUGGAGGAAAGAUUAUGAUGGCUUUGGAAGGCGGCUACAACCUUAACUCCAUAUCAAAUUCUGUUCUUGCUUGCAUUAGAACUUUGUUGGAAGAAAAACCGAUUGAUGGAUCUUUAGAAAGUAGACCCUUUGAGUCCACGUGGCGUGUAAUACAGGAGGUGCGAAAUGAACUGAAGAAAUUUUGGCCGAUUCUGUCUUUUGAGCUUCCACUAGACAUAUUGAUUAGCAACAACCAUCCUUUGCCAGUUGAGUGCGUAAAAUAUACUUUAAUGGUUCUUAUAUCAAUUGUCCGGUGCUUUCCAGAUGUACGCUUGGCUGCUAGAAUAUCUGCAUAUAUGGAGGAACUGGUUGAUUGGCAAGAGUUAUUGCCCAUAAACUGCUUAGUAGACAAUGAUGAUCGGACUUCCAACUCCAGACAUUCCAUUAAUCAUGUUGAGAUUGUAGAUGAUGUGACUGUUUCCCUUACAACUUUAAAUCUUGAUGGCAAUAAACUUGGGAAGGCUGUCACCUCAAAUGACUUGCCAAGAGAGCAAAGUUCAGCUGAAGCAUCUCAUAGUAUUCCAACACUGCUUCCUCAGCAAAUUAAUAGUCCUUGCCCCACAUGGAGGUCGGGUUUAUCAAAGUUUGAGGUUUGGUAUGCAAGCUUUGGAUCAAAUAUGUCAAAGGACAGGUUUCUUUGCUACAUUAAAGGCGGAAAGGCGGAAGGUAUGAAUAAACCUUGUCGUGGAUCAAGAGAUAAAAGUUUACCCAGAGAUGUCUUCUGGAAUAUUGUACCUCACAAGUUGUUCUUUGCCCUAUCUCAUUCAUCUACAUGGGGUAAAGGUGGAGUUGCAUUUCUUCAUCCUGAAAGUAACACCAAUGACAGAGCUUAUGUUUGUAUAUAUAGAAUAACGCUGGAGCAGUUCAAUGAUGUUUUAUUCCAAGAGAACAGGAUGAGCCCAGACAUGGAACAAUCACCAUUGCUAGAUGAAUCCCAGCUUAAAGUUUUAGCUGAAAGCAAAACCAUGCUUCUGGAGGUCCUUGGGGAUGGAUGGUAUUCUAACGUGCUGCACUUGGGGGAAGAGGAUGGUCUCCCAAUUUUAACAAUGACGUGCCCAUUUUCAUAUGUUGACCGAUUCAAAUCUGGCGAGCUACCAACUUGUGCUCCUGCAGAAAGUUAUAAGAAUACAUUAUUGAAAGGACUAGUAGAAGGGAAACAGCUUACAAGAGAGGAAGCUGAAGAGUAUAUAAAAAAUGCUAUUGACAGAAAGCUGUAAUCGUGAUCUAAGCCGUGCUUCUUUGUGAUUUACUUCAGCUGUCUGCUUACUUUUAUGUCGUGCAAAUUUAUCCCAUCUUCAAUUGGAUUUGUCCUGCUGCGCGCAUUGGAGUUUUACUGUGCAAGGGCUUCACUAUAUUAGAAAAUAAAAUUUUCAUUCAUUGGA